AAUCAAUCACAUUCUCCAGCUUUAAUCGGCAAGAGAUCGAACACGAAUUUUAUCAACAUGAAGUUCCUCAUCUUAGCUCUGGCUUUCGUCGCUGCAGCUUCCGCUCAGCAUCAACAACCCAUCGCCAUCCUUCGCCAAGCCCAGGACAUUUCGCCCGAGGGUUCUUACAACUAUGCAUACGAGACGGAAAACGGAAUUAAUGCACAGGAAAGUGGACAACCUGGACCCGUCAACGCAGAGGGUCAAGCCGCCAUCGUUGCCCAAGGAAGCUUCCAGUACUCCGCACCUGACGGCACCCCAAUCUCGGUCAGCUACGUCGCCGACGAGAACGGAUUCCAGCCACAGGGAGCUCAUCUCCCAGUUGCGCCACCAGUUCCCGAAGGCAUCCUCCGCGCUCUCGAAUUCAUCAGGUCUCACCCGUCCGAGGAAUCCCGUGGCAACAGACCCGGUCCCAUUCCUUUCCCUCAACCUAGCCGUCGAUUCUAAGUACUGAAACUCUAAAAACGUCUCUUUCUGAUUGAACGAAACUAUUGAUAUGUACAAAAAGACAUUUUUCACAUUUAUAAAUAAACUGGACAUUUC